GAGAUUGCUGCACACGCCGCCCUCAGCUCUGCUGUUCUGUGCGCACUGAGCGCAGGAGAUGAGCUUAAGAUCUUCUUGGUGGGGAGCCUGGGAAUGGAGAGGCCGGCUCUGCCCCGCUGAUCAGCACAGCCCAACUUUAUGGGGGGCUAGCUAGACUACGUCUCACUGCCAGCUGCGCGGCCAACAGGGGGGUUUUGAAGAUCAUGACCACAUGGAUGCAUCUAACUAAAUGGUACGUGGGGACACGGUGGUCCUUUAGAGAGCACAUCUAAAUUACUGGCUAAUUUCUUGGUUUGCCACCCAACAUAGGACGUUGUUUGAUUCUAUCUGUCAGAACUCUCCUAAAUUUUCCCCACCAUGCUAUCUUUAUUAGCUUGAACUCUUCUCCUAAAAUGGUCCUUCUGUUGAUCCUGUCAGUUCUGCUUUUGAAAGAAGAUGUCCGUGGGAGUGCACAGUCCAGUGAGAGGAGGGUGGUGGCUCACAUGCCGGGAGACAUCAUUAUCGGAGCUCUUUUUUCUGUCCACCACCAGCCCACGGUGGACAAGGUACAUGAAAGGAAGUGUGGGGCAGUUCGUGAACAGUAUGGCAUUCAGAGAGUGGAGGCCAUGCUGCAUACUCUGGAAAGGAUCAACUCAGACCCCACACUCUUGCCCAACAUCACACUGGGCUGUGAAAUAAGGGAUUCCUGCUGGCAUUCAGCUGUGGCCCUAGAGCAGAGCAUUGAGUUUAUAAGGGACUCCCUCAUUUCUUCAGAAGAAGAAGAAGGUUUGGUGCGCUGUGUGGAUGGUUCUUCCUCUUCCUUCCGCUCCAAGAAGCCCAUAGUAGGGGUCAUUGGGCCUGGCUCCAGUUCUGUGGCCAUUCAGGUCCAGAACUUGCUCCAGCUUUUCAACAUACCUCAGAUUGCUUACUCGGCAACAAGCAUGGAUCUGAGUGACAAGACUCUGUUCAAGUACUUCAUGAGGGUUGUGCCUUCAGAUGCCCAGCAGGCACGGGCCAUGGUGGACAUAGUAAAAAGGUACAACUGGACCUAUGUGUCAGCUGUGCACACAGAAGGGAACUAUGGAGAGAGUGGGAUGGAAGCUUUCAAAGAUAUGUCAGCCAAGGAAGGAAUUUGCAUCGCUCACUCUUACAAAAUCUACAGCAAUGCAGGGGAACAGAGCUUCGAUAAGCUGCUGAAGAAGCUUAGGAGUCACUUGCCCAAGGCCCGGGUGGUGGCCUGCUUCUGUGAGGGCAUGACAGUGAGAGGUCUGCUGAUGGCCAUGAGGCGCCUGGGUCUAGCAGGCGAAUUUCUGCUUCUGGGCAGUGAUGGCUGGGCUGACAGGUAUGAUGUGACAGAUGGAUAUCAGCGAGAAGCUGUUGGUGGGAUCACAAUCAAGCUGCAAUCUCCCGAUGUCAAGUGGUUUGAUGAUUACUAUCUGAAGCUCCGGCCAGAAACAAACCUUCGAAACCCUUGGUUUCAAGAAUUUUGGCAGCAUCGUUUUCAGUGCAGGCUGGAAGGGUUUGCACAGGAGAACAGCAAAUACAACAAGACUUGCAAUAGUUCACUGACUCUGAGAACACAUCACGUUCAAGAUUCCAAAAUGGGAUUUGUGAUCAAUGCGAUCUAUUCCAUGGCCUAUGGGCUCCACAACAUGCAGAUGUCCCUCUGUCCAGGCUAUGCAGGCCUUUGUGAUGCAAUGAAACCAAUUGAUGGACGGAAACUUUUGGAUUCCCUGAUGAAAACCAAUUUUACUGGGGUUUCUGGAGAUAUGAUCCUAUUUGAUGAGAAUGGAGACUCUCCAGGAAGGUAUGAAAUAAUGAAUUUCAAGGAAAUGGGAAAGGAUUAUUUUGAUUAUAUCAAUGUUGGAAGUUGGGACAACGGAGAAUUAAAAAUGGAUGAUGAUGAAGUAUGGUCCAAGAAACACAACAUCAUCAGAUCUGUGUGCAGCGAGCCAUGUGAGAAAGGCCAGAUAAAGGUGAUCCGGAAGGGAGAAGUCAGCUGUUGUUGGACCUGUACACCCUGUAAAGAGAAUGAGUAUGUCUUCGAUGAGUACACCUGCAAGGCGUGCCAGCUGGGGUCGUGGCCCACUGAUGACCUUACAGGUUGUGACUUGAUCCCAGUACAGUAUCUCCGCUGGGGUGACCCUGAGCCCAUUGCAGCUGUGGUGUUUGCCUGCCUCGGCCUGCUGGCCACCCUCUUUGUCACUGCAGUCUUCAUCAUUUACCGUGAUACACCUGUAGUCAAGUCCUCCAGCAGGGAACUCUGCUACAUCAUCCUUGCUGGCAUCUGCCUGGGUUACUUAUGUACCUUCUGCCUCAUUGCAAAGCCCAAACAGAUCUAUUGCUACCUUCAGAGAAUUGGUAUUGGUCUUUCUCCAGCCAUGAGCUACUCGGCCCUUGUAACCAAGACCAAUCGUAUUGCAAGGAUCCUGGCCGGCAGCAAGAAGAAGAUCUGUACCAAAAAGCCCAGAUUCAUGAGUGCCUGUGCCCAGCUAGUGAUUGCUUUCAUUCUCAUAUGCAUUCAGUUGGGCAUCAUCGUUGCCCUCUUUAUAAUGGAGCCUCCUGAUAUAAUGCACGACUACCCAAGCAUUCGAGAAGUCUAUCUGAUCUGUAAUACUACCAACCUCGGAGUUGUCACUCCUCUUGGAUACAAUGGCUUGCUGAUUUUGAGCUGUACCUUCUAUGCUUUCAAGACCAGAAAUGUCCCAGCCAACUUCAAUGAGGCCAAGUAUAUCGCCUUUACAAUGUACACCACCUGCAUUAUAUGGCUGGCCUUUGUGCCAAUCUACUUUGGCAGCAACUACAAAAUCAUCACCAUGUGUUUCUCAGUCAGUCUCAGUGCCACAGUGGCGCUGGGCUGCAUGUUUGUGCCGAAGGUGUACAUCAUCCUGGCCAAACCAGAGAGGAAUGUGCGCAGCGCCUUCACCACAUCUACCGUGGUGCGCAUGCAUGUGGGGGAUGGCAAGUCAUCCUCAGCAGCCAGCAGAUCCAGCAGCCUAGUCAACCUGUGGAAGAGAAGGGGCUCCUCUGGGGAAACCCUAAGGUACAAAGACAGGAGACUGGCCCAGCACAAGUCGGAAAUAGAGUGUUUCACCCCCAAAGGGAGUGUGGGGAAUGGUGGGAGAGCAACAAUGAGCAGCUCCAACGGAAAGUCCGUCACGUGGGCCCAGAACGAGAAGAGCAGCCGCGGCCAGCACCUGUGGCAGCGGCUGUCCAUACACAUCAACAAGAAGGAGAGCCCCAACCAGACGGCGGUCAUCAAGCCCUUCCCCAAGAGCCCGGAGAGCCGCGGCCUGGGCGCGGGCGGGGGCGCGGGCGGCGGGGGCGCGGGCGCGGGCGCGGGCGGCGGGGCCGGCGCCGCGGGCGGGGGCGGCGGCGGCCCGGAGCCGCCCGACGCCGGCCCCAAGGCGCUGUACGACGUGGCGGAGGCCGAGGAGCACUUCCCCGCGCCCGCGCGGCCGCGCUCGCCGUCGCCCAUCAGCACGCUGAGCCAGCGCGCGGGCUCGGCCGGCCGCACGGACGACGACGUGCCGUCGCUGCACUCGGAGCCCGCGGCGCGCAGCAGCUCGUCGCAGGGCUCGCUCAUGGAGCAGAUCAGCAGCGUGGUGACCCGCUUCACCGCCAACAUCAGCGAGCUCAACUCCAUGAUGCUGUCCACCGCGGCGCCCGGCCCCGGCGUGGGCGCCCCGCUCUGCUCGUCCUACCUGAUCCCCAAGGAGAUCCAGCUGCCCACGACCAUGACGACGUUCGCCGAAAUCCAGCCGCUGCCGGCCAUCGAGGUCUCGGGCGGCGCGCAGCCCGCGGGGGUGGCGGCGGCGGCGGCGGCGGCGGCGGCGGCCCCGCCGGCAGGGGGCGCUGCCCGGGAGUCCCCCGCCGCGGCCGGGCCCGGGCCCGACGCGGCGGCCGGCAAGGCGGACCUGGAGGAGCUGGUGGCGCUCACCCCGCCGUCCCCCUUUAGAGACUCGGUGGACUCGGGGAGUACAGCCCCCAACUCGCCGGUGUCGGAGUCCGCGCUCUGCAUCCCGUCGUCUCCCAAAUAUGACGCCCUGAUCCUCAGAGAUUACACUCAGAGCUCCUCGUCGUUGUGAACGUGGUCGGAACCCGCGCCGCGCUCGCCGCGAGCCGACACCUCCCGCGUUCCCGCAGCACGUGACCGUGGGCGCCUGCCUCGGACCCGAGGUGGGAGAGGCCAAGCGCCCCCGGGAAGGAAAGCGAGCUCUGGAGCGCGUUCAGCAUCCACCCACCAAGACGCCAACCACGAAUCUUUGGGCAGAUUUUCUUCUAGUGGCCUUAGAAAACGUGGGCUUUGCAGAAACACUGCGAAUCUUUUCGAGGGCUGACAAGGAGCCUGUGGCACCAGUUCCGUACCAAGUGCUUUGCUCUAGGGAAGCAAUGAGUGUGAAACAGCAUAACGGAGGGGAAGAGCGUGCUUAGCGGGCACCUGUAAAAAGUUUUGUUUACUUUCUUUUCCCAGAAGAUUCUUUGAUUCACCCAACAUGAAUGUACAUUUUCUAACAAACUAAAAAUCUGGGACCAAACGUGACCAUUUCUCUCUCUCUCUCUCUCUCUCUUUUUUUUUUCCUUUCUUUUUUGCUGUCUUUUAAAGACCUUGCAAAGCAGGACCUUGAGGCGUUGCUGUGACUGUGCCCCUUGCAUAACACACAGCUGCGUAAGGAGCGCUGCCCUGACGCGUGUAGGGCUUUUACCAGAGACACUCCUCUCCGAUUUGGUUUGAAAUCCUCUUCCAGAAGCCUGCAUCCGGGAGUCCACCUAGUGAUUUCAAUUCACCUCCAUUAACCAAGAAAACCAGUGGAAGAUUUCUUGACUAUUUUCACCAUGUUGCCAAUCAAUACUGGAGUAGCAAAAAAAAAAAAAAAGAAAAAAAAGAAAAAAAUAUUUUCUGGAAUACUGUUUUGUAAUUCCCUCACUGGGGUACGUUGUGUAGCUGGAAAUUCUCUUUAUAAUAAUAAUAAUAAUAAUAAUAAUAAUUAGUAGUAGUAAUAAUUCCUGAGCUCCAGCUUGGCUAUCUCGUUCAUGAAAUGUGGCCACUCCUCCUAAUGAAUGCUGUUCCAUUAGCAUUGCCAGCUAAAAUAUUAAAAUACGCAUUUGGGCUUCUUCAUCCCCUUCCUUUGAGAACCUGAUGCACAAAGAGCCCCUCUGUUCUUUUCAAGUCCCACCACUGGAAGAAUGGUCUAUAGACCCUCUGAAGACAGCGUCAUGAUUGGAGGGACUGUUGUUCAAAAAGUUAACACAAUCUUAAUACACUGGAAAUUUUAAACUGUGUCAAGUUGGCUUAGCAGAGAUUUAGCUAUGCCAGUAAGCAGUGAUUUUAACUUUUCUUGGCUGCUUAAACAGGGCAGCUAUGAACUAUGACAAAUGUAGAUUUUUCAAAGCAAUACAGAAUACUAAAACAGAGGAACCUUAAUGGAUAUAAACCACACAGUCUUUCUUAGCCAUUCCAAAAAGAGGCAAAGCGAUUAUUUCCUUUUUAAAAUAAUUAUUAAUAUGAUUUUGUGCACUUACUACUGUCACUUUUUAAAUACUGCAGAAAAGAGAUUUAAAGAUACAAUAGAAAUACAUGUGCUUUAUUAGGCUCAUAUAAGUAGAAAUCAUAGCUCAAGACCUGCAUCCACUGUCCUCUCUUUCUUCCUCCCUCCCAUUACAGCUAUCCUGAGGUGCCAAAUGUUUUUUGUUGUUGUUGUUGUUGUUGUUGUUUUGGUUUGGUUUGGUUUGGUUUUUAAUUUUAAAUAAGGAUAGUAAUAAAAGGAGGAGGUGUCCUGUAAGUUUAGAGUUUAGUUGAUCUAGCCUUAUACUAAAGAUAGCCUUAUGAAAAAGAUUUGCUGUGAGGCAGAAGUAUAUUUUUAGCAGAAAGAAAAAUGAAUGAAACCAUUUUCUCUAGCUCAAUAUCCUUACUUUGGCAUGUAUUUUUUUUUUAUUUUACACCUACUUUAAAAAAGAAUUUGUGAAAUGGAAAUAUAUCCACUGGCAUAAUUUUUCAUUCCCCACUUUUAAAAGUUGUAAUGAAUAUACUGUUUGACUUUCCUGAUAACUGUUCUUAUAUUAAAUUUUUAAAUCAAAUCUCCCAAUAUAAAAUGUUAAAUGCUAACAUUAAUUUACUGAAAUAUAAAUUUUCAAAAAAUCAGCCUCCCAUACCAGAUUUGAAAAUAACGUCUUCAGAGCACCCUGAAUCUAGAUGUUAUAAUGAGACUCUUGAAACAGUGAAUUCAGCUAAGUUUUAUGGUUUCAUUGAAAUUGAAUGUCUGCCUCUACGUGAAAAACAAUUGUAAAUAUUUUGAAGCAUUAACACCCCUCAAUUCUCUUGAAAAAGAUGGCUUUCACCUGGAGAUUACCAUCUGGAUAUCUUAAACAUUGAAACCUUUCCAAAUAUACUCUACUAAGUUUUAAAUUUGUUUCUUAAACCCUUUGGCUGAUUUCCAUUUUAUUCUCAAGUAUAAGUUUCAUUAUACUGACCAAUUAAAAAAACAUUUUAAAAAACUUUCUGCUUUUGAAUGAUCAAAUUCCCCUUCUAAAUUUUUAGUAGCGUAUUUCUUUUAAAAAGUACACUACGUUAUGAGAAAAUUCAUCAGAAAUUAAAAUUUAAUGCAAACAAAUUGCCAUCUGAUAAUUCUAUAUGAAAGUACAGUCAACUGUAAUAAGAAAAAUAAUUUAUCCAAUUAGAGGAGAACAAGAUGUGUUUUUCUCUGUGUUUCUGUGCCCUUUGCCACUUCAUUCAGUACAUUGUAUAAUACGUAAUAUUAUUAGUAAUGCAUUCUUGGGAUCUUUUAUUUUGGAAUGAUGCUAACUCUGUCUCUUUGCCAAUUCUAAUACCAGGUUCCAAGUAAUAAAUCUACAAGGAGAACUGAAUAUUCAUUCUAGGGCUAGGAUAUGAACUUUGCAAUUCAUUGGGGUACCUAUUUUCAUUGAAUUUCCUUGAAAACAGUCUGUUCCUGGUGCCCAGUGAUAAUUCAGUCGGACCAGCAUGACCAGAAGGAAGGGGAAAGUACAGUGAAAUGCGAAGAUUCAGAAAAGUGACCCUGAAGGACAGUUUGGUUCCAAGAUGAAAAAAGAAGACCGGGUUUGAUCAAGUUAUGCGGACCCCCUAGGCAGUCUACUCACUCUCCUGUUGCAGGAGAGGAGGAGGGGCAGCCCAAGAAGACCCUGUGGAUUGGGGAGAAGCAUCUCUUUGGGUGAGGGGUGGGGAACAGAGAGGGAGCACGCAAAGGAGCGUCCUAGAGAUUGGACUGAAGCAAAGAGAAAUAGUAAAUCCCCCCGAAUGUGCUAAUCGUUGUCAGUGACGGUCUUUCCCGGGCUUCGGCUGUUAACCAGCAAGUUAUCAGGAAGACUAGGAGCUAUUUCUGACCGUGAAUGAGUUGUGUCAUGGCUCUGCUGCGAUCCUGUGACUUCCAAACCAGGAAUCAAACACUUUUUAAGAAACAAACAUUUCCUAUGCUAGUCUCCCAGCAAGAUGUACAUGUUUUGGAGACUUGGAAAGUAUCAUCUGAGUUCACGUUUAGCCGCAGCUUAUUACUAGCCCUUGAGCUGCCAGAAUCUCGUAGUCAACCAUUUACGGUUUUAUACUGUGAAAAAUACAGAUCAGUGAAAAGCAUAAAGACGAGGGGAAAUUCACUUUCAAGAGGGUCUGAGGCGGGAGAGAUCCUCUGCUGUGUGUUGAAGAGUGAGGCAUGUAUAAAAUAGAUGGCUGAAUUUCACUGAUCUUCCCAAUGUGAAAAAAUAUACUAUGUAUAUUGUGUGCAUUUCUAGAAUUCAAUGGCAGCUGCUGGUGGUGUUGUAAUUAGAGAUCUAUAUAGAAUAUAGAUGUUUUAGAGAGACGGUGCCAAUCCUAAAAGAUUUGUGUGGGCUACAAGUGCUUGUACUUACUUUUUCUGCACUUUAACUGAUUUGGUUUUAAGAUUGUGUGCGCGUACCUGUUCUUUUUCUGUUGUUGCAGCUUGUACUAUUAAAACAAUAGAGAAUGUUGAAUUAUUUUGAUGUGAAUUGCAGAUGAUUUUUUUCAUAAAGUUUAACAUUUUUAUCAGCAUUGUUUUGCUUUGUACUUGUAUAAAUGUGUUUUAUUUUAGCAUUUGAAAGUACAUUUGCCUGUUUCUCAGUUGUCUGAAUCAUGUUAUAGUUGGUGUUUGUGAAGUCAGUUACUUUUUGAAAAAUAUUAAAACAGAAACUAUGGUAUGACUUUAA